AGCUUGAGAGCAUCGCCUCUCCCAUCUGUGAUGUAACGCCUUGCUCGUGUUCAGUCUGUAUGUCGACUAUUUAAGAUGCUGCGGUUUUUACUCCAGAAAUCUAGUCCUGAGGUGCAUGAAGAUGUAGUAGCAGAUUAUCUCGACUAUCGCCAGACAGUACGCCACGGUUUUCCAUCGCGGGUCUCAUGUUUCGCCUACGAUGACGUCCUCAGUUUGCUAGCCAUUGGUAAUCUUGAUGGAGACAUUAAUAUAUAUGGGGGAAAUGGAUUUAUCUGGAGUGCCGAAAUUCCUGGAAAAAAAGGAAUCGCCAAAAGCGCAGCACAUAUGUAUUUUGCAUGCGGCCUUGGAGUACUGAUAGUCCUGUGUCGAGAUUCUACGUUUGUCCGAUUUUCUAUAGAAGGAGCAGAAAUCAAAGCUCAUUCGGUAGUGCAUGAAGCAAGAUUGAAAAAGAUUACCAGCUGCUGUAUGCUACAAAAGGCAAAUCUUCGGGAAGCUUUACUGCUUAUUGGCACAGUCUCUGGAAAUGUGUUUGCUUUGGACAUCACUAGCUUAGAAUUGUCAGAAUACAUAGUGUUCGAGGAUUCAAUUCUACAAAGAAUCCCUGAUACAGCAAAAAGGGAAAAGUACCCAGUCGAUUUACUCUCCGUUUGCCCAACGAAUCCAAGGCUUACGCUAAUGGUAUUCGAUCAUAUGGUCCUCUUAUCGUAUGAUUCUUCAACAAAUGAGGUGCUCGGCACCAGUGUGUUUGAUGUGCAGUGCAAGAAUAUAACCUGGACUCGCGAUGGAAGUGAAUGUGUUAUUGCUCUUCAUGAUGGCUCAUAUGCUUCGUGUGAUCCGGCAAGAGCCACAGUAAUCGAACGACCUGCUCAGGUUUUUGGACCCUUUCCCUGCAUUCCAACCAAAAAGGCUUGUUUUGCACAGACAUCUAGUGAAAGCGAGAAGAUAGUUUUGUUCUCUGGUGGAAUGCCACAUGCUUCAUAUGGGGACCGAUUUGUCGUCACUGCCAGACAGGGCGACCGUACCUGUGUAUUCGACUUUGCUAGCCCAGUCAUAGAUUUCCUCCUGACCCGAGGUGCUGACGGAUAUCACACUUGCGUCCUAGUCCUCACUGAAAACGAACUUGUAUGUAUCGAUUUGACGGAUCGCUGCUGGAAAGUUAUACCUACUGAACAAAUGUUUCCAUUGCAUGCUAGUCAGAUUACGACCUCCGCUCACUGUUCUCAUGUGGAUGAGCAUGUAUGGAAUAAGAUGAAUAAGAUCUCAAGUGACUCCUUGCGCAAUAAUAGGAAAUACUCUUCAGCUGCCUGGCCGCUGCAUGCUAAUGUUCCGUUAUUAGACGAAGGUCGCGUGCUCAAAGAGGCAACCAAAAGACAGCUAUAUCUUACUGGACAUGAAAAUGGUACUGUGCGAGUAUGGUCUGCAGGUCAUGCUGUUAUGAGUUUAUUGUUUGUCAUCGACACUCGCAAUGAAUUUGCCGGCUUUUUGGACGAGGAGAGGAACACACCUGAAGAAGAGCAAGCACUUGACACGGACACAUCCGAUGAUGAGUUUCAGAUCACUGGUGACUGGCCCCCAUUCAAAAAGGUUGGUGAUUACGAUCCUUUUUGCGACGACUCCGGGUUGUCCAUACAGAGGUUGGCAUUCGAUGAGAAAUCUGGUCACAUAGUUGUGGGAGGUCGCGCAGGGCAUGUGCUACUAUAUACCUUAGAAGAAGCGACACGAGAAAUGACACCGCAAGUGCUGAAAAUUGAAUUAUGUGAAGCAUCGAAAUUGUCCGUGCCUGCAAGAAAUAGUAAACCAUUGCCCGUCCGUACGAAAUCCCUCAAAUAUGCGGCGGGAUAUCAACCUUGCCCGUUAUCUGUUCAGAAUAAGUGUAUGCUUGUUCAACUUCAACCUCCUCAGCCAGUAUCUGCUGUCGCUGUUCUUUCCGCUCGUAAUUUGGUAGCUGCUUCGAACGAAUAUGGAUUUGCUAUGAUUGACAUACAGAGACAGUCGAUACUCCUGCAAAAUACCUUAGUCAAUCAGGCAGAUAUGCAACAUGUGGGAGCAUUCGACGACGCGCUGUCACGCUUUAAAAGCAUGAAAAAGUCCAUUCGACAGACUUUUCGAAGGAAGAAGAAAACGCCGGUGACGUCGUUGGAUAACACCUUGGCAACGCACGGCGAUUCUCCAAGCAAGGACAACAGUAAAUUCAAUGUGUCCAGAGUAUUCAGUGAUAACGAAGAUGAUGAGGUUGAAGUCACAAAACCGGUUGAACGUCUCAUUGAAGAACGAGGCAUGUCCCCAUUGGAAUCUCCCACAUGGUUUAUUCGCUGUCUGAGGUUUCUGAGUGUGCCAGUGAUGGGAAUAGCUGGGGUGAGCGAUGUGUUCGUUGUCGGUACGAAUGGAGGAAAAUUGAUAAUAUAUACAAUUUCGGACCAGCCUAGGGCUGAGGAUGUGUGCAAACUGUUGAAAACUCUCGCUCUCCGCCAUGCAGCGCCGAUCAUUCAUGUCGAUGUAAUAAUGGAGCCGGGAACAAGACAGGCGUCCUCAGCUCGCUUGAUAAUCUUCACUGAGGAGCAGGUCCGCAGUCUGUAUCUGCCUAGUCUGAAACCUACACGGUAUAAACUAAAACUCACCAGCACUGAAGGACUGCGGAUUCGGAAAGCAGCAAUCGUCACAUUGCAUAAUUCAACCGAUCUCUCAAAUUGCGAAAGUUUCGCGGCUAUCGUGAACAACCAUGGAGAAGUAGCUGUGUAUUCAUUAUUAAAUCCGAGGAAAAGUGGGAAAUUCCAGGUAGUCAAGAGCACUGAUAUCGCCGGUAUAUCGUCGAUGUUGAUCACGCCAUACGGUGAAUUGCUGUUUCUGAGACAAGGAGGUUCUGAAUUACAACGAGCAACCAUUUCCGAACAUUCGUUGCCAUGGACCGUGCCUUGCCAAGGAAAAACGUGGCCUGAACCUGUUACCUCACGUUCGGAAUCCCUCACCUAAGGUAAAAAAAAUUGUGUUCAGUGCACCUCAUCAGAGUGAACCUUAACACUUUAUGAGCUGAGUCUCUGUGCCUUUAUGUGAAAUUAUGUUCCCUCCAGAUGUCUAGUUUGGCGUUUGACAGAGCUUUUGUUUUCCGCAGCUGAAGUUGAGCAUUAGCACUAAAAUUCGUUGUUCCGUUGAAGGGAGUCAGAGUGAGUUGUCUAAGGUUGUAGCGAUAGGGCGGCGCUUUGAUAUCUUUCUGCGAAAGACUUUUGCCCAAGCUUACACCUCCACAGCUCUUGAAAAAACUCUGGCUCACUACUUGCAUCCUUAUCCCUCUUCUGCCCGGUUUCCACAUGUGGCUGUAAAACAGCGGUACUUUCUUUAUUGCAUGUGCAGUUCACUUCUCAUAGGAGUAUAACCAUUGUUGACUAUGUAUGAUUAUGAUUGUUACGAUAUGUAUCAGUUUGUUAAAUGGCGAUUAUUUCCAUUGCUUUUAAUGGCAGGUUCAAAAAUAUCUCCGCAUACUAUGGGCACUAUUGUCACAUUUCACUCGAGUUGGUUGCAAUUCCUGGCUUUAUCCCGCUUUUUCUCUCUUUUCAUCUUUUUUUCGUCGUUUGCCUGUCCGCUAUGCAUUUAUGUAGCAGUGUCCGCAUCUGCUGCAUGUCUCCAACACUUAUUCAAGCAUCCUCUCACUUUUAAGUACCCUCUGUUAUUGCUGUGAAAUAUGUGAUAUAUCUCUUACAAUGAAAUUGUGAUAUACGACCAAGGCCAAAUUCAUAAAAUAAACAGUAAGAUGAGUAGAAUUUGAC